CUGUUUUUGAUCUGUUUAAUCUCCGAAAAACCUUUAUCUGGAUAAUAGGCCAUCUGGAUAAUAGGCCUUCAUCUAAGGAUAUAGGGUUCUUAGUUUUGAAUGUAGGCCUAAAGAAAAACUCGUCAUUCUAUCAAUUUCAUUUUGGGUUUAUUUCAGUUUCAGUGGCUUCCACAGUCUCAUUUAAUGAUCAGCUUUCUAAUAAAUUCAGGAAAUUACGUCUGGUGAGAGUCUCGAAACUAAAGCGUGGUCUUUGCUGUUGUUAUAUUUUUUAGGAUUAAGUCUUUUGGGAAAACCCCUAAUAAAAACAUAUCCUUAUGCUGGGCACUGACCCAGUAUAUAUUGGUUGCAGUAACAAAAGUUUCUAAACCAAGAGCUGGAAACGACCAAACACAGAAGUCUAAAACAUGGCCCUACGUUGCGUUAAACUUUUUGUGGCUUCGUGGUUGGUGUUAGGAUGUGUCGGAAAUCCUAUUUUCAAAGUUGAUCUUGACAAGUGUAUAAACUUCUCAAAAGAACUACUGGACAGUUUAAACGCAACUCUCAGCUCGGAAGAAAUAAAUGAAGGAUUUAACUGCACAUCUGAAUUAAUGAAUGAUAUUACAAAGGCUACGACGGUAACCGCUUGUGAGCCGGAUUAUUCAUCUAAGAUGACGGGAUGCACGAGGCAACGGGAAACUGCAUUUGACCAGGAUACCUGCUUAAGAAAUAUCACGGAGGAUUUAUUGCAAUACAAAGCCGAAUUUUCAAAAUACCAGUUAUCGGAACACCUGGACAAGACCCUGUCUACAAUAGAUGCUCUUAUCGAGGUUUUAUCGUCACCAGAUAGAAAAGCAACCUUUCGCCAAAAGGCGGAGCUCACCUUUCCAGCCCGGAUGAAACUCUGCGAGAUCCUGCAGGCUUUCAGAGUGCGCACUGUAACCAUCAACCGGGUCAUGAAUUAUAUUAAAUCCCGCGUAUCCCGCUAGUGAACAGUCUUUGGAGCGUGUUACAUUUUUCAAGGAUGCCUGAUCAAGAGUAUGACUUUUAUUGUAUUUUAAUUGUUAUGUGCCAGACCGUCACGUAUAAGCUAGAAACAUAAAUCUGUGUCUAGGCAGAGAUAUUUUUUAUAUUAUUUAUUAAGAUAUUUAUGUGUUAUGUUUAUACAAUAUAAUGUAGGAUGUUUUUGUAGUCUGUAGCCUACUGUUAAAACGUGCUGUAAAAUGCUGGGGAAAAUGCAAGAAUAUAUCUAACAGACAGUGUAAUACUAACACACAACAACAAAAGCAGGUGGCUUCAGUCAGAAAACAAAUCAUAGGAUUUUAUUUAUUAUUACUAUGUUUAUUAUUUAUUCAUUUAGUAUUGCUCAAAUGUUUUUGGGGGUAAUUUUAGGCAACACUGUGCCUUUUAUCUUUAUUUUAUUUUAAAGAAAAUAUUAUUAUACAGAAAGGACAUAAUAGCUAUUUAUACUGGCACCUUGAUA